AUGUUCGGUGUCCCAUGGAAUGGGGACACCAUUGCUCCACCGGACAUGAACAGAUUCUUUGGCCUCGCGUCGGCGGACCUCGUGGUGCCCAACAUGGAUGCUUGGGGCUUGCUUGCCGAUUUCAACACAUUGAAGGAGAUCUCAGAGACAUUGACUGGGAACACCGGUUUGCAAAACAAGGCGUUGGUCGCUGCAAAUGAAAUCAUGAACAUUUUCGACAACAAGGAUCUAGCGAGUGUGAAGAAAGCACGCAAGAGGGCAGAAGAGGUCUUCGGCGAAGGCUGGGAGAAGAAAGGGGAGAAGAUCUACGAUGAGGGCACGGAUCGUCACCAAGUCUGGGGUAUCGGAUAUUGUCACAUCGACACUGCUUGGCUGUGGCCGUAUCGCGUGACUCAGCAAAAGGUGGCACGAUCUUGGUCGACGCAGGUCGAUCUGAUGGAGCGCUAUCCUGAGCAUCGCUUUACGUGUAGCCAGGCGCAACAGUUCAAGUGGCUCGAGGAGCUCUAUCCGCCGUUGUUCGAGCGCGUACGUGAGAAGGUCAAAGCCGGCACGUUUCACCUUGUCGGAGGCGCCUGGGUCGAGAACGACGCGAACAUGCCCUCUGGUGAGGCUCUCAUCCGCCAGUUCACCCACGGUCAACGCUACUUCGAGACCCGCUUUGGCAAGCGCUGCGAGACGGCAUGGCUGCCCGACUCAUUCGGCCUGACUGGAGCAUAUCCACAGCUGAUGCGCCUGGCUGGCAUGAAGUAUUUCUUCACGCAGAAACUUUCUUGGAAUAACAUUAAUGUUUUCCCUCACUCGACCUUCAAUUGGGUUGGUAUUGACGGUACACAAGUCUUGUGUCAUAUGACGCCCGUCGAUACUUACACCGCCCAGGCUACUGUUAACGAUAUCAACAAGGGAGUAACAAAUCACAAGAAUCUUGAGUCGUCAGAUAAGGCUUUGCUCGUUUUCGGCAAUGGUGACGGUGGAGGGGGCCCGCUGCCCAAGAUGCUCGACAACCUCCGUCGCAUUCGCGCUGCAAGUAAUAACUCGCGCGAACUUCCUCCGGUGAUCAUGGGCCCAUUGGUGGAAGACUUCUUUGAUAAGGUUCUGGAAGAGUCUAAUGCGGGCACCGACUUACCGACUUGGAACGGUGAACUGUACCUCGAGUUCCAUCGAGGCACCUAUACCAGCCAUGGCUCGAUCAAAAAGGGCAACCGCAAGUCUGAGAUUCUCCUCCGAGAUGUCGAGCACGUGGCAACGCUCGCAUCGUUGUACAGAUACCACAAGCAUGAUUACGAAUAUCCCAAGGCUAAGAUUGAUGUCUGCUGGGAGAAGGUGCUGUUGAACCAAUUCCAUGAUGUCCUCCCUGGAUCUGCCAUGUAA